ACAAGGUCCUUACGGUGCAUGGAGCUCAGACACAACCCUCGCCUGUAUAAGUACCACUGAGUCUGACUCGUUCACAUUAACCACAGACGAAACGGCCAGUCGCACCUGCGCAGUAGAGCAGCGGGCUGAAUGCAGUAACUGUACGUCAGCACCACAGAUCGUGGUUCAACCAAUUCCAAAAUGGCUACACGAAUGUUUGAGAAUAAAGAGCAUGCAUCCUAUUAUCAAAAGUACAGGUUUUCUCCACCACAAGAGAUACAAGACAUGAUCUUCAGCUAUCUUCAGGAAAAGUUGAGCAAACCUUAUGAACUUGCAGUGGAUGUUGGCUGUGGAACAGGACAGAGCACCAUAAUGCUGGCUUCACUCUUUAAAAAGGUUUUGGGAACUGAUAUUAGCGAAGCCCAAAUCGAGGAGGCUAACAAAACACAUAAACUUCCUAAUACAACAUUCAGAGCCUUGCCAGCUGAAGAGGUACCAGUAGAUGAUGCCUCUGUCGAUCUAAUUACUGCAUGUGCCGCUGUCCAUUGGUUCGACAUUGCAAAGUUUAUGAAAGAGGUGGACCGGAUUCUGAAGCCUCAUGGAUGCCUUGCUCUCUAUACUUACCUACCGCAUGUGGAAGUUCACUACAAAGACCGAUCAGAGCAAAUGUGUAAGGUGAUGUCUGAGGUCAGUGAUCAUCUGACCAAAUAUCGGCAUCAGAAAGUGAGUAUUGUUGAAUCUGGUUACAAGGGCGUUUUUGAGGCUGUUCCUUAUCCAGACAAACUAAGGAAGGAGAAUGUGAAGGCAAAGAUCACGAUGCCUCUUUCACAUUUACUUGGUCUUGUUCAGUCUUUUUCUAUGUUCCAAAGAUAUCGGGAACAUGAACCUGAGAAAGCGAAAGAUUACAUAAAGACGACAGAGCAAAGGUUCCUUGAGAUUAUGGGAGUGUCCUCCAGUGAAACAGAAGUCGAUGUCUGGUUCACCUUUGUUAUGGUGCUGGCUUCUAAGCCAAAGUAACUACAAUAUCAAAAGAAGAAAAAUGCUCUAUCCCAUCUUACUGUACUUUGCUGACAGAUUAAUCUAAUAGUAUUCAGUGAAAUAAACCAUAUAAUUUUACUUUGU